AUGGAUGGCAAGAGGGACCGGAUACGUGUCAAAUUCUCCAGAAGACGAGGAGCCUGUGAUACGUGUAGGCAAAGGAAGGUGAAAUUGAGACAUAAACAGCAUAGCUCAGGAAGCUCCCAGAGUUCGACGAAUCUUGCAUUCUUCUCUUCCUCGUUCAGUGAGAGCUGGCAGGACCUGCCUGACAUCUCAUCUUCCCAGUUUUCCUUCCCUGAUUCGACUCUUCUGGAGCCUCUGAAUAUCACCAACGAGCCAAUUGGAAUGCCUGGAGAUUCUAUCUCCGAUCAUGACUUGCAAGGAUGUCUUGAUGCGGGAUUGGAAGCCGAAGACUUUCAAUGCUCGUUUCAAGGCUAUCAUGAGCGGUCAAGCUCGCCGUCAAAAGUUGGUGAAAUGCUUGAGCAGCUGUUUCCAAACGCGGCGCAAGCUCAGUCAAGAGUAGUAGAUGAGGAAGCUGAUAGUACCUCGUUUUAUUACCCUUCCAGACAUUCCAUCCUCUCCGUAUUGUUACUGUUCAAGCUUGGUAAGAAUAUUUCACACGGUCCUGUGUCAGAAAAAAUCCAUUCUCUCGCAGGCUCGGUGCUUCUCAAGAUGUCCCGGUUGUCGAAUGCCACCGAAACUCUAGAGAACUUUCAGGCCAGGGAAACCCCCAACUCUGACUCCAUGACUGUGCCUGAAUACAUGAGCAAUUUCUUUUCGUCUGGUCGAGGAGACUUUAUUGAAAAGAAGAAGAUUGAAAACUACAUUGAACUGUACUUGAAUGGUUCUCUACCCGAGGGUGCCCCUUCUGUACUCGUUUAUGCCCUACUUUGUCUUGGUAGCUGGCCAAGCCCUAACAAAACCGAGCCCCGAGAUUAUCUGGCCGCGGCAGUUCGUUCGCAGAAGACUUUGUUUGAUGGGCCGCCCACUGUCACCAAAAUCCAGGCAUUGGUUGCGCUGACUAUAUGCUGCGAAACCCUUGGUUUAUCUGGCCUCGCGUGCGGAUAUAUCAUGGCCGCCCGGGAGUUAGCUCUGAUGCUUAACUUGAACUCCUCCUCGGGGGUCAAGUCCCUGAUCACAGACGUCCAAGAGGAGACAUACCUAAAGAACAUUUUCUGGGCAAUCUACAAAAUUGAAAAGCCUCUACUCAUGCGAGAAGGCCGGUUAUCUGGAAUUGAUGACGAGGACAUUGACUACCUCCCACCUUCAAAGCAGAUUGCUGACCAGUAUACUGACGAGGAGGCUUUUGCUAUAUUACAUUCCAAAAUCUGUUCAGUGGUCAUGACAGAGCUAUGGAGCCCCCGAACUUCAUUAAACAAUGCCGAUCCCGAAAAACUGCUUGGAAACCUCCAGCCAUUUCUAGACGGUUGGAAAGAACAAAUUCCCGAAUUAAGCAAUACAGGCAUUCACAGUUUAUCCCCAAGUAUACUUGCAUAUCAAAUAGGCUCGUCCUCAUCUAUCUUACAGCAAAGACUAGAAACGAUGCUCAAAUAUUAUGAAACUAUCAUCAACAUCCACUGGCAUCUCCAAAGAUUAUCCCCGCAUUCAUCGUCCGUGAUCCCAGAAGAAUGUGUCCUUGCCGCGCGGGGAAUCCUCUCUGUAACACAUCUGCUUGUGUAUAGUGCGUCAAAGCCCGCGUGGCUGUUUAUCCAUCUUCCGCUUAUAGCUUGCUGCAUCAUUGGCUUGAACGCUUUACACAACCCUCUCCCAAGACCAGCAAGCCCUGACGGCGGUGACAAGGCGCUGCUGAGUAUGGCAGUCGGAUGGUUUGGGCGGUUGGCAUUACAGACGUCGUUGGAACUUGGAUCCCAUGAAAUUCUAGAGUUCCUGACCACCCUUACGCAGCAUUUGUACAUGGUCGACUGCAGAACAGAGGGCUCUCAAGGUUGA